AUGAUUCUGGAAGAAUUAGUUGGUAGUUUUGUGUCGCUCUUUUCGAGUUUGAUUGUUCACACACCGCCAAUAUCUAGUGAAACUCUACAGAGGGACUAUAGUUUGAUAUUCGAAGCAAAUCCUGAAGAAGACGAAGUAUACGAUGGUUUAAUACACCGCGAGUACGAGCAAGAGGCACCGGCGGAGUUGCCUUAUUAUGAAGAAGAUAUAUCUGUUUUGGUACAGCAUGCUGCUGGCCAAACCAAACGAAAUUUCUGCGAAUCAUUUUUCCGAAGUUGUAAGACAAAUGUAGGAUUAUUGAUGGCUGCUGUGUUUAUGUUGGGCUUACUGACAGUUGGAUUGGUCUAUAUGGAUCUGAAUACAACUAAUGCUUGUAGAGAAUGGAUGCACAAUAAUUUCAGUGUUCCAUCGAACGUACGGACCGUACGCAUUGUGGGAAUGUCUGUGACAUUACUACCGCUAUAUGCAUGGUUUCCGACCUGCGUUAUCAUGUUGUGGGGUUUCAGAGAGCUCAAAAUAAAUCAUUUAUUGAGUUUAUUUCUCUCUCAGUCAGUCAUAAUAUCCAUAAAUAUUGCUUACAAAGUUAUGGUAUUUGAUAAGAUAACAACUGCCAAUGUUGGAUACAGGUUAGUAAGUAGGCCUACUUGUCAGCGAAAUGCUUCAGCUGUUUAGCAAGAGGCAACUAUUUAAUGAUAACUAUCGGAUGAGGCUUUCAGCUGUUCAGCAAGACGCAACUAUUUAAUGAUAACUAUAUAUCGGAUGAGGCUCAUGAGCGUGAUUGAUAUCGAUGCCCGAGUGGUUGUGUUAUCUAACGAAGCCCUAGCUAUAGGGUGAGGCAGAUACCGCAAAUUCUCAUUGAUCAUUCUCACGCACUAAUAUCACGCGGAAGUCGAAUAAUUUUAUUUCGCGUACUGUAUAUAAGAAAAAACAAAACUGUUAGUUAGUAUUAAAAACAGUUUUAAGAUUUCGGCAAGGUCUUCUUUCACUUGAGGCGUAUUUUGUUAUCUUCAGGAUAAUCAAUGAAAACUCUUGUGCUCUCUUUGUAGCUUUUCUCGUCUAAUAGUUUUGUAAAUUGCUUUCAGUUACUGCGGCAAAUCUCGUCAUGGCUUUAGUUUUUCUCCGUGUAAAUAAAGCUGCCUUUUGUCGAUUAUUCUCCGCAGAAUUGACGUCAUAUGUAUCUAUAGCCUUAUAGGUGUUGAUAUUCAAUAAUUAUUCAUCGAAGCGAAGUGGAGCCGAUAUUUCAAAACAACGAAAACAUUUUUAAAACAAUGCAAUUUGUAUUUCAGCUCCCGUAAUAAUUGUAAACAAAAACAGUACUUACACGUUUUUAGCAAUGCUAAAUAUUUCUUUGUGGCUUUCUUUAUAGUACACAAAUUUGUUCGUCUGUACAUCGGAACAAAACGGGAAGCCAUUUUGUUUUUUGUCCGGGGGGGGGGGCAACUGCCACCCCCCAGUGAAAACUAUAUUUACGAUUUUUAGAAUGACAUUAUUAUUUAUACUUUGGGUGUUUGGCAUUUUGGCCUUACUGCCCCCUGGUGAAAAAAUGCUGCGUACGGCCCUGGUCCGGAGGUGAAUAGUGCAAGGAUAUCAGGAGCUGAACAACCAAUCAAAUUACGUGAAAAGAACUAUCCACCUCCGAGUAUGUGAUAACAAGAAUUAUUUAUAGGCCAGCAGCCAAUCGAAACGGCGAUCGGAGUUGUCCCAGUCUUUUCACGCAUGCUAAGAGCGCUCACUCAGUCAAUCGUAACAUAAACACGCAUGUCUUGACUCCAUGCUUGUCUGGGGGUCAGAUUUGGCUUCAUGAAAAAAUAGGCAGUUUAUCUGAAGGUGGCAUUUCAGUUAUAUUCAUUUCAGUGGUAAUGCAUAAUAUAUUAUUAACUAUAUUAUUCUACUGUGCUUUGUGACAGAUUUUGUUUUCCAUGAAAUUUAGUCGGAAGUUUAGAAUGACUGAAUGACUGACUGAGUGUUUUAAGGAUCGACCCAAGUUAAUUGACUAAUGAAUCUAUAUUUUGGUGUUUCUUAAUUUAGAUUGCCUGGCAACGUCAUAUAUAUGUCAUCCAUUCUUUGUGGCGCUUAUAUAGUCGCUCGAAAAUUCAAGCAAGUUAGUCCGACAGUGUCCUACAGCGUGUUCAGAAUUUUUUUCAUCCUGUCGUUCGCUUUCCUGGGAACCUGUCUGCUUGCAUUUGUUUAUGCCUAUGUUAUCAUCAAGUAUUUUACAGGAACUGAAGACAGGAUCAAGAAAGCCAUCAUCGCCGCGCUAACGCCAGGAAUAGUUAUCCCUGUAACUGCAAUUGCAAAAUAUCUUGUUCUCAGAAAAUGCUCGGAGAUUAUUACCCCAGAUCGUGCUUUUGCAUUGUGUUAUUUCCCACGCGGAGGUUCGAUUGCACUUUACCGAACGAUGCAAUCAGGUUUUAAAAAUAUCUGGCUUUUCAUUGGCUUAUCACUGUUGCACGGAGUUUCGAACGUUCUGAGCAAGGCAACUCUUAACAUUCGCAUCAAAAUUUGGAAGUUGAUUACUAAAUGUAUCAAUAGAACAUGCUGUGGGCCAAGAUUGGAAGUGCGGCAGUUAAAUACGCCUCGUAUUCGUCGACUCAACGCAGAUGUGGAAAUUCAGAAUAUCUUAUUUGAAUACACCACGGUUAUUUUGAGUCAGGCGUACUUAGCCUGUUAUCUUGUACUGAGUUUCGAUGUCUCACCCUGGCAAGUUAUAGAAGGUUCUUUGAUCAGGAUCGCCAUAAGUUUGGCAAUAGAUUUUGUAUUUAACAUAAUUUCAGUGUUCAUACAAAUUCACAUUUAUGACAUUCCCAUGCAAAAAGUCUGGUUGAACUAUUGGCGACGUCACCUAACUGCAAAUGCAUUCAUAAUUAUCUGCACGGUGUCUUAUUUUGGUGCAUCACUGGUCAGUGUUUUCGCAAGCCAGAAAUACAUAUCGCUGUUUAAAGAAAGCAAACUUAGAAAUUGUACAUCAGUAUUUAGUUAG